AUGUUUCGACCGGCGGCCGCACUAUUCCUCCUUGGCCUUACGCUCUCGAAUUUAUGCUCUGGCCAAGAAUGGGGCCUAAAUUUGAUUUCGGACGACCCCAAAAAUAAUAUCGACGAGGAGAAACAUUUGAAAGUGGUGCAAUUUAAGGACAACAAGCCCGAAGACGACGCGGUGGAAAUUUCCGAAUAUUUCAGAUACAAUGACGUCAUCAAAGAAGGCGACAUUUUAGUGCGGGCUCCGGCUGAGCGACUUAUUCACAAAUUAAAGGACGGCGACGACUGCGUCUGCAUGAACUGGAGGGUUUGCAAAGGGAAAAUAAUCGACGGUCACCCGUGUCCUCAGAGUUACAUAGACGUCUGCUGCCAAACUGAGCAGAAUUUUGAGGAAGACAAAAACGAGGAGCAGUUGACAUUUAGGAAAUUAUUGUUAUCGAAACAAUAAUCAUGAUAUUUUUUGUAACAUUUAUAAGUGCACUUGUGAAAUGUACCAAACUUUGCCAAUUUGGUAAAUAAUAAAUAAACAAAUUUGU